CUAAGAAAACCUAUUUAUAGGGACAACACAAUGAGACAUUUUGUUCUUGCCAUACCUAACACCCGACAAGGCGGAAUAACACAAGCUGUAUGUGACCUAUUUAGUCAUGUGUAAAGUUGUUGCGAAAUAGCGGCCCCAGGGGUGCGGUAGGUAAGGUAAAGAACGUUUCUCGAAUAGGAGCUUAAUUAAUCAAUGCUUUUAGAAGAAAUGAUAUUUUCGAGCAAAUAAAAAAUAAAAAAAACUAUGUAUGUCUGUUUAAAGCAUUGUGUUGAGUCUGUUGUUACUUAAAGGAUUAAUAUACAUUACAAAAAUUUCUAAGUAUCUUGGAACAACGCAAACAGAGCAGGGAAAGGACAUUUUGUUUACUUUCAAAACGACAUAGUAUAACAAGGCAAUAACAGCAAAAUGGAGGAAUCAAAUAGUUAUAGCAGGAAUGUUGAGGAAACAGAUAUCGCUGGACAGUCGACAGCAGAUGUUAUUGCAAUAUCGAUGCCUGAUGAUCAACAAGCAUUAGGGAUUAUAAAUAAAGAACAAAAUCAACCACUUGAGUUAAAUGAAACACAUGUAGGCCUACCAAACAAACAAGAAAAUAUUAUAACUGAGAAUGCUGCUCUAAUCAACUCUUAUCAAAGCUUGGAUGUGUACAACCUUGAAUUCGAAAAGACUGGCAUUGCGAUAAUCUUUAACAUCAGAAAAAAACCUGCAGAAAACACUUCUGAUUUAAGAAAGGGAUCUGUUGAAGAUGUUAAAAAUCUUGAAGCAGCAUUUGAGAAAAUUGGCAUGACAGUUUACAGAGUUAAGAAAGAAAAUAAAACAGCGGAUGGUAUUGUUGAAUUUCUAAAUGAAAACGUUUCUACAGGCAAAUUUAAACAGUAUGCGAUGGUGGUAUGUGUUUUUAUGUCCCAUGGAUGUCCGAAUGGAUUUCAUUCAUCAAAUGGUAUACCAAUCGAACCACAAUUUAUUAUUGAAAAAUUUUCAAAUAACCCUUAUUUGAAAAACAAACCAAAGAUGUUUAUUUUCCAAGCUUGUAGAGGUAGUAUCAAUAAUACCAUUCCUUAUGCUGCAUCCCAUAUUAAACCAAGCGACGACACUGACUUGCCAGAGGUUGGGCCAAAGCCUAAAUUAGCAGACUGUCUUAUCAUUCAGUCGACAAUAGCAGGUUAUGCCUCAAAAAGAAAUCCAGAUUCUGGUAGUUGGUUCAUCACAGAGUUUUGCAAAGUUUUAACUGAUAACUGGGAAAUGGAUGAAAUGUGUACACUUUUAACACGAGUAAAUGAAGCUGUAAGCAAGAUUGGACUGACAACAGACCCUGAAAAACACGAAAUAACAAAACAGAUGUCAACAUAUACAUCAAUGUUGACAAGGAAAUUAUAUCUUUGCAAGGAUAAUCUUCAGAUUACAGACUAUGAUAGACUACAAGGUUCCCAAUCUUUGGAGUCUUACAGAUUGGGUGCUGGAAAAAUUAUAAUUAUAAAUAUCGACGAGUUUUUCGAUGGUGACAAAGUUGUUUUAAAAAGAGAAAAUUCAGCUGAAGACGUUAAGUGUCUGGAAGAUGUAUUUAUUGGUGAUAUGAAAAUGAAGUUAAUGCCAUAUCAUGCGAAAACAACAGCAGGAAAGAUUUUGGGAUUUCUUGAUAAAAGCGCAAGGGAGGAUUAUACAAAUGAUGCAAUAUUUGUGUGUGUCAUAAUGUCUUACGGAAAUGGUGUUGAGCUACAUGCUUCAAAGAACGAACUAGGUGUUAACAUGGAGAAAGUUGUACAUAUGUUUGAUCAAUCAACAAGCCUUCAGGGAAAACCAAAGCUUUUUAUCUUUCAAGAUUCCAGACAUGCGUACUUUAAAACGAUUACCAGCAGUGCAGCUACCACAAACAGAUCUGAUAACCAUCCUGAUUCUUCACUAUUGACCGAACCACAUUUAGCAGAUUGUCUUAUAGUAAGGUCAUCACCCCCAGCUUACCUUUCACAAGAUAACCAACAGUACGAAUCUACUUUCAUAGCGGAGCUAUGCAAAGUUUUCAAAACGUAUUGGCAACAGGAGGAGAUAUGUACCAUGCUGACCAGGGUGAACAGCAUUAUGUGUUUUAAAGACCAAAAUGAAUCUGAGACACUUUCGUCAUCGUUUAAAUCAAUGUUAAGAAAAAGGUUAUUCUUUUCCGAAAAAUGCAUUGAAGCCGGAAAAGCCAAACAGAGUGUGAAAAAUAGGCUUGAAAAGUCGGGUUCCAAUGUUUGUUGCCAGAAUGAAUAUUUUCCAACCGAAAUUAAAUAGUUUAUCACAUUCGAAAAUAAGAACAAUAUGACUUCCGGUUUUACUAAGGCUAGAAAUAUUCAAGUAAAUAAUUAUUUGUAAUAAUAUUGUAAUUUAAUGUAGUUUUACUUUUAAUUUUAUUACUAGAGUCAAUGUGUUGUGUUGAUAUGGUAUGAUGUGUUUAACUUAAAAAAAAUAUUAAUUUAACACGUUUUAGGGUGUAAAAUUUAUGUUAAUAGUUGUUAACCUAUAGAUAUACACAAAUUAGGGGGUGGUGCUGCAUCAAUAUCCGAUUUUCCAAAAGUAUUGCAGUAAACUUAAUGUGCAAACAAAGUAUUGCAGACGGUAGGCCUAUAAUAUUAAAUGCAAGUGUAAAAGUUUCUGUCUUAUAUGACUAAGGGUUCCAAAGCCUUAGUGAUUCGAAUGUUGAAUUUGGAGUAAAAAUAAAAAGUUAAGAAACCAUGAAACGAAGGGUGAGAAAGCGAAGAAGUCUUGUUAUGUGUGAGAGAGCCAUGUGUCUAAUAAAUACGUGUUCACUUAUGUUGUAAGUUUUAGGUAGACUUUUCUAUGUAAGCACAAAAUAUGUAUACAACUGGUAAUGAAUUAAUUACUAUUAAUAUAGCUUUAUUCUCAGACCAACUAUCAACAAACCAAAUUACGUUAUGUUUGUUAGCCGGUCUUCUCACUUCAAUACAAUGUAUAUUCCUACUUAAUUUGUAAUUUACACAAGUUUAUUGACACUUGAUAAUAGCCUACUACAUCAUCCUUGCUACAGCCCUUGAGGCUAGACAAGCUCCACCCCCUCCUUGUACCCCACUCCUCCACACCGCACUGAACAGUGCGUGAAGAUACCAUUAGCCAUACAUUACCAAUGUUCAUUCAACCGUGAAUAACACAUACGUGAAGUUUAGUGAAUGUUUAUCAGCUAUCUAGUAUUUAAAUCAAUUGCUAAUAAACCAUACACAGGGCAAAGAGCGUAGGCUUACCCAUUACCACAUGAGUCGUUAUACAGUCCAUUGUAAAGUCUGAUAGCUACCUAGCCCACGUGGUUAUUACAACCUAUCGUGAAUUAUUUUGAUUUACUGUACUGUAAUAUGAUUGGUCAAGCAUAUCAGUGAAUCUUUUCCCAUUCAUUAUUUUUAAGCGCAUGCCUUGAUGUUUUGUUUGAAAACAGAAUUUCGCUUUGUAGAAGGCCGCUGUCCGCGUAGUAAUGUGAACAUUUGCCGGGGUAGGGCCUACAAUUUUUCACCUAGCAAUAAAAGAAAGACCGUAGACUUUAGAAGUCCGGUAUGUCCGGGAUUGAUAGUUAAAAGAUGUUAGUACCGAAUUAAGAAAGACUUAAUAAAUAAACAAAAAAAAUGAUAAAUAACAUGUCAUUUUUUAUCGAAAACAUGCUUUAAAAUAAAUGAAAUACUAUGAGAUAUUCUAUUGCUAUAAUAAUUAAAGCGUAAUUGAUAGCAACAUUUUCAAAAUUAGUUUGAUAAAGACUAAAUAAUUCAGAUCGGUCAUUUUCGGCCUUUGGCUCAUCGACACACGAUGUCACUUUUAAACACGAUUUUACACGUGUCAGAGCUUUAUCCCCUCACCCACUUCCAUUAAAAUAUAAACCUAAGCCGAACCACAAGUUGCUUUUUUAAUUAAAAAAAAUCUAGGCCUACUGUGCUCUGCUAAGAAUGAAUGUAUUGAUGUAUUUGAUAACAGUUAAUACAUUUUCUAAACUUUGUGGAAAUGAAAAAAAAGUGUGCAAUCUUACUUUCUGAACCCAUCUCCUUUUCAUUUGAGCCGGAAUCUCCCCCACCCAAUCAGAUUUUGGUGUAUUUUAUGUACAACCUGUACAACCGCAACUUCUAGAAUCAA